AAUGCUCGAUGCAGAUAGCACUUCAGUCCGGUUGAAGCAAGUGAGCCGCUAACAUAGACCCUCUUUCUAGUAUUCAAGCAUAAAAUUUCCACAUGGCUGCCUGGGAGAACAACGAGGAGAUAAGACUCUUCCAAGAGUACCUACGAAUUCCGAGUGUUCAUCCGAACAUCGACUACGAGCCGUGCGUUGCGUUCAUCAAGAAGCAAGCGGAAGCGCUAGAACUACCAGUGAAGCUGUAUUAUCCAGUGAAUCCGAAGAAUCCGAUUGUGGUGAUAACAUGGACUGGACUGCAGCCAGAAUUGCCCUCAAUUGUCUUAAAUUCCCACAUGGAUGUUGUUCCUGUGUUUGCUGAAAAUUGGACGCAUCCGCCUUUCGGAGCCGAGAUUGACGACGAGGGUCGUAUCUUUGCACGGGGCAGCCAAGAUAUGAAGUGCGUUGGAAUGCAGUAUUUAGCUGCAAUUCGCGCACUCAAAAAUGAAGGGAAGCAAUUCAAACGAACAAUUCACAUCAUGUUCUCGCCAGAUGAGGAAAAAGGCGGUGCUCUUGGGAUGGAGAAAUUUGUUCCAUCUAAGGAUUUUGCCGAUUUAAAUGUUGGAUUUGCCCUAGACGAGGGAAUCGCUUCUCCAAAUGAAACGUUUGAUGUGUUUUACGCGGAACGCAGUACGUGGCGUAUCUACUUCCAUAUAUCUGGGAGUGCGGGGCAUGGGUCUAUACUACACAAGGCUACAGCUGGUGAGAAACUUCGUCAUAUUAUGAAUAAAAUGAUGGAUUUACGCGACGCUGAAAUAAAAAAAUUGGAAAAUAACGAUAUGUGGACUUUGGGAGAUGUAACGACAAUUAAUUUGACGCAGGUCAGAGGCGGUGUUCAGAGCAAUGUUGUCCCUCCAAUGGUUAUUGUUGGGUUCGAUAUUCGUCUGGCUAUUGAUGUCGACCAUGUGGGGUUUGAAAAUCAGUUGAAUAGAUUCUGCGAAGAAGCUGGUGGAGGAAUAGAAAUCGUUUAUGAGCAUAAAAAACCCUAUGUUCCACCAACGCCAAUUGAUGACAGCAAUCCUUUCUGGGCUGGAUUUAAACGAUCCGUGGAUUCUUUGGGCCUCAAAGUGCGGACACUGGUUUUUCCGGCUGGUACUGAUAGUCGUUAUAUCCGAAUGGCUGGUAUCCCGGCUAUUGGAUUUUCUCCAAUGAAUGAUACUCCAAUCUUGCUGCAUGACCAUGAUGAGUUCAUAAAGGCGGAGACCUAUCUGAAAGGGAUCGAAAUUUAUAAAACUAUCAUCCCGAAUGUAGCCAAUGCUUAAUGAGUUCCAUUAUUCUAUUUGCGGUCUAUUCCGUGGCAUAUUAAAAAUAAAAUAAUAAAGUAGCAC